AUGGAAACCCGACUUAUGACCCGGCUGUCCAAACAUCAGACCGCCAAAGCUAUCUGGGAUAGUUUGGCAAUCACAUAUGGAACCACCAUCGAUCCGUUGCAAAGUUACGAACUUGAAGUACGAGCCAACACCAUAAAACAGGGGGCUAGAUCAAUCGAGGUUUAUUGGUCAGAUAUCACCAAUGUAUGGCUCGAAAUUGAUCAGAGAGAUACAAAUCCCUUUGCAGGCCUCGAUGGCACACUCGACGGAGUCCGUCGAGAUAUCCUCAAGGAGACUCCUCUACCAUCAGCCGAGGCGGCAUUCUCCAGAGUCCGGCUUGAAACCGGCCGCCUCCACAGUCGGCAGUCCGACCCAAGCCAAGGACCGGAAAUCACCCAGGUCGGCGCCGGAUUCGGAGCGAAGGGACAGAGGAAAUCGACGACUAAAGAGAAAUUGGAUCGGUCGAAAUUGGUGUGCACACACUGCGGGAUGCGGAAGCACACCAAGGAGGAGUGCUUCAAGCUAGUGGGCUACCCAGAAUGGUGGGGAGAAGGUCAUCGGACCUCUGGGAAGGGCGGCGUUGCAGUCGGUGUUGCAGCCCAGGAGAAAUCGGGGCAAACUCCACUCGAUUCCUCCACGGCAAACACGCAAGAAACGACCACCGUCGGUGGAUUUGGAGGGAUGGUGACCGGCGGACAAUACCGGUGCAGGGAGGGGGAAGGCUCAGAGACGACGAAUCAUGGGGAAUCGACGAGAGGAUAUCAGGACGAAGGCGAUUAUUGGGCGUGGCACUGA